GUAGGUUGAGUGGUCGUUUUGGAGAUCAAAGAAAAAUGGCUAUGUGUUGUAGCCAUUGCAAAAAAAAGGCUCCUAUCAUCUCCACUGAAAAGAAAUCAGAGUUGGUCGUGGAAUACCCGCUUCUACCCCCAAACAGAGCACUCUGCGUCUAGUAAAAAAGCCACUCUAGUUUCAGCCUUGCGGGAUGCAGGAGAUAUUAAGCUGCUCGAAUAUCUCAGAGCUCUCUCAUCGCUGCCAUUUUUUCCUCACCGCUGCACUUGUUACAUUGAUGCUAGUGAGGAAGUGGUGACAGCUAGCAGCCGCAAAAAACGACAACGGCUUCAGAGCCGAGAGGCUCCGUGUGUGUGAGAGAGAGAGAGAGAGUGCUGUGUGGAGUAGCUGCUAUGGAUGCCAUCGGGGUUUUACAUACGAAUCCGCUGGACGACUAUGAGCUGCUCCACCGCAUUGGGAGCGGCACCUACGGGGACGUGUUCAAGGCUCGUAAUAUCAAGACAUCAGUCAUCUCAGCCAUCAAAGUAGUCAAACUGGACCCUGGGGACGACAUUUCAAGCAUUCAGCAGGAGAUUACCAUGAUGAAGGACUGCACUCAUAAAAACAUUGUGGCCUAUUUUGGCAGCUACCUCAGAAACAACAAAUUAUGGAUCUGCAUGGAGUUCUGUGGAGGAGGGUCAUUACAAGACAUCUACCAUGUGACUGGCCCCCUGAAAGAGAGACAGAUAGCAUAUGUAUGCAGGGAAACACUUCAGGGACUACAUCAUCUACAUGAGACUGGAAAAAUGCACAGAGACAUAAAAGGAGCCAACAUUCUUCUGACAGAGCGGGGAGAUGUCAAACUAGCGGAUUUUGGAGUGGCAGCAGAGAUAAAUGCAUCAGUUGCUAAGAGAAAGUCUUUUAUUGGGACACCAUAUUGGAUGGCUCCAGAGGUGGCAGCUGUGGAGAGGAAGGGUGGCUAUAACCAGCUGUGUGACAUUUGGGCUGUGGGGAUCACAGCCAUAGAGCUAGCAGAACUGCAGCCACCGAUGUUUGAUCUGCACCCUAUGAGAGCUCUAAUGCUGAUGUCCAAAAGCAGCUUCCAGCCACCCAAACUGAAGGAUAAGACGAAAUGGUCCACAGAAUUCCACAACUUUAUCAAGAUGGCACUCACCAAGAGUCCUCGGAAGAGGCCGACAGCUGAGAAACUGCUGCAGCAUGCAUUUGUUACCCAGCUGUUAACUCGUAACUUAGUCAUAGAAUUGCUGGACUCUGCCAACAACCCUGACUUACAGCACUCUCAGACUAUGGAUGACAGUGAUCUUGAGACAUGCAGCGCUUUUCCUGAUAAGAUUACAUCUUUGGGGAAACACUUAUCUGCCCAGAGAACACUUUCUGAAGAACAGUUUGAUCAAGUGAAGUUUGGACCACCCAUGCGGAAAGAGACAGACCCUUGCCCUGAUUCGCCGGGAUCAUGUGAUGACUGGAGUUCUAUUAGUGAUGAGAAGGAGUCUCCGAGUCUAUUGGAAUGUGUUGAGGAAGCAUUGCUUGAGAGGAGCUUAACUAUGAAGAGAGCGCCCUCGGCCGAGUCACCAACUGAAGAUGACAAAUAUGGCACAGUGAAGAGAGUGGUGUCACCACCAAAGCCAGCUAUUCUUCAAUGCCCCACUAAUCAGGAUAAAAAAACCUCCACCCCUUCUUCAGAUUCCUCCCCUCGCAUUGGCUCAACACCCCACACAGACACUAACCCCAGCCUGCAUAAUGAAUCAGCUUUGCUGAUUGGCUCAACGCUCUGUGACCUUUCCCUUCUCACAAACUCCUCCUUCUUUGCCAACUCCUCUCUAUUCAGUGAUUCCAUUAGUCUUGGCUCCCUCUGCACAACUCCAACUGAUGGUUUAAUACCACGAGGCUCGGUUGGAGUUGAGCCAGGAGGAAACAGAAGUCACUCUCCACCCCGGCAGCCACUCUCACCUGAAUGGAGCACACUCAGGAGGAAGACCGAAGACUCAAGAGGUGUACAUGGACUGCCACCUACCCCUCAAGUACAUAUGGGAGCCUGUUUCUCCAAAGUAUUUAAUGGGUGUCCCUUGAAGAUUCAGUGCGCAGUUACAUGGGUUCUACCAAAGACCAGAGAUCAGCACCUGAUUCUGGGAGCAGAAGAAGGCAUUUAUACCCUUAAUCUCAAUGAGCUCCAUGAGGACACUAUAGAGAAGUUGCUUCCACAGAGAUGUAGCUGGUUGUAUGUCAUGAACAAUGUUCUGAUGUCUGUCUCAGGAAAGUCCUCCCAGCUGAUCUCACACAGUCUGCCUGCACUGUUUGAGCACCGUAGAAACCUGCAGCGGCGCCAAGGUCACUUGUCAAUCAAUGCACACCGCCUGAGUACAAGAAUCAACUCAAGGAAAUAUGCCAUGUCUGUGAAGAUUCCUGACACCAAGGGCUGUAGAAGAUGUAGUGUAGUACGGAACCCAUACACAGACAGUGUCUUCCUGUGUGCCGCAGUGCCAAGCGGCCUGGUUCUUCUCAUGUGGUAUGAGCCAUUGCAGAAGUUCAUGCAGCUCAAGCACAUAGCUUUAAGCCUUCCUGAGUCUCUGCCCAUCUUUGAGCUGCUGGUGCAGGAGUCUGAGGAGCUUCCGCAGGUGUGUGUGGGGGUGCACGGUAGCCAUAAAAGAUCAGGAGAGACUGUGGAACAGCUGCACUUUGAUAUCAUCCAUCUUGAUGACACACCUCGAGAACAGCCAGUUGGCGAGUCUUUAGAAGUGAAACAAGUAACCCAGCUUGACAGAGAUACAGUCCUCAUAGCUCUGGAAAACACUGUAAGAGCAGUAAAUCUUCAGGGCUGUCCCAGCAAAGGCAUGGCCUCGGAACUGACCUUCAGCUUCUCCAUUGAGACUCUGGUGUGUUUGCAGGAUAGUGUUCUUGCCUUUUGGAAACAUGGGCUCAAGGGGAAGAGCAUACAAAGCCACGAGGUUACGCAGGAGAUAACAGACGAGAGUCGUGUCUUCCGGGUCCUGGGGACGAAUAGGGAUAUCAUCUUGCAGAGCACUCCCACAGAUGACCCCUCCGCCCUGAGCAACCUGUAUAUCCUUACAGGUCAUGAGAGCAGCUACUGAAAUGAUCGCAGAUCAAGGAAAAUGUCCCACAGAUGUGGAAGCACUUCUGUCCUCUACAGAGGCUAAGGAAGAGUCCUCAGGCCCCACAGGUGGGAGAAGAAAGAGAGUGGCCGCCUUUCUGCCCUGUGAGCCGCCCAGUAGUAUUGCAGAGACAAGAAGCCGACAGAGGCCUGGAGACAAGCUGCUAGAAACUCUGACCAAACGUAGCCUUUACAUCAAAGGCAGCGGGAUAGGCAGAGGCAGAUGGAACUACAGCUUAUGACAGCAAACAGACUCAUUUAACAGAUAUAAAUGGUUCAUUUGAGUUGGACUGCAGGAGCGUUACAGAAUGGAGAUGCUAAGUAGCCAAGAAGAUUAAGGACCUUGAUUUGAAGGAUGAACAGUUCCGUGUAGCAAACAGCAGUGCCGUGUUGUGUUCCCUGUUUAGCUAAUAGCUGUACUACAGUGAAUCUUGACAUUGUUCUGCUGUAUUUGGUGCUGUCAUCAUUUUGUAGAAUAAGAUGUAUGUUUUGUUGGCAACUGAGUUGGAGUUGGCUCAUUUGAUCUGGUCAGGGAAGCAGUAUCUCAUAAGAAUGUUGGCCAUUCUGUGAAACCUAAAAAUAUAGAAAUGUAAAUGUUUAGAAUCAGUGAAGAUUAAAUCACAUUUCUAACCCCA